AUGCAUUUUCACACCAUUCAACAGCACUCCCACCCCCCCUUCCCUCCAUCACCAACAUCCUCCUCGCUCCACGCCCCCUCCCCCACACCCUCCUCCUCCCGUGAAGACCCUCUGUCUGCAGGCCGUCACCAGCGAGUGGCUCUCCCUCACCCUCAGCCCCCUCCUCCGAUACCCCCAUACCACCCACACCGCCCCCUUCCCCCAAUCCUCCUCCCUUUCCUGGAAGAUCAAGAACAGAGGGCCACCCCUCCCGCACCACCUAAACGAGGGCUCACCCCUCCGCCACGAAAUGCAUCCAGUUGUCUCGCCUCCUCCCGCCCGGCUGUCAAGCAGUGGCUGUUUGACUUAGACUCCCCCCCCUCAGCCCCUCCUUUCUCUCCACCCCCUCCUCCUGACGCUUCCUCUCCCUCCGUCUCCCCCGUGCCCGACUCCUUCCUGGGAUACAUCGAAGAGAGGGGCCUAAGGGACAGUGAACAGAACAAACCACUGUCCCUAGCAGGCAGAGGGGAGUUCUUCUGCACUGAACCCGAGCCGGGGGACACGCCCGCAGAUUUGUUGCUGUGGUACAGGCCAAGUGUUCAGCCAGUAUCCUUAGAACUAGAAACAGAACCCCCCCCUCUUCAGCAGCAAGUGGAAGAUCCCUAUGAUCAGUUGUUGUCUAUGAUCCUGGAUCAGCCCAUGUGUGAUGAAGAUGGAGGGGAGGUUCUCAGGCCGGCCGUGGCACUGACCAACGAAUCACAGAGCAGGGUUAGGCUAGAGUCGGAGUUUCAUAGGCCUGUGACUACGCAGCCCCUGUCCAUCACGCAGGACAGCCAAUCAAAAAGGGUGAAUAGGUGGACGGCAGGGUCUCAGAGGCCGAUGACAUUGUACAUUGAGGAAGAGGAGGAAGCUAUAGGAGGGGAAGAAGAGGAGAAGGAAGAAGAAAGGAACAUUGAUGUAGACUGUGGUACUGUAACUGUCCACAGAGAGGGGCUGAAAACAGAGGUAGCGCAUGAUGUGUGGACCAGGUUUCAGACUCAGUUGAAGCAUACACACAUGCUUGCUAACACCUAACCCGAGCCAAUUCCAAACAGUUUUACACAGUUUGAUAAUAAAUUAAGAUGUACUUAUUAUAGUGAAAAAUACAGGAUUAACCAGGGCUUUGGUACAUUUGGAUAUAUGGAGGCUUUUCAGUCAUGAAUUGAAAUAGAAUUGACCCUAACCCCCGUAGUUUCACAUCAUGCCUUUUCUGGCUCGUUUUACUUGAUUAUGCAGAGUAAUGCUUCGAUACUGAACCUACAUUUUGGAAUGUUGAUUCAGCUCGAGGUUUGACGCUGGGUGUGAUUGGUGUCACAUUUUCCUUCCCU